GUGUUUAAAACGGAACCUAGUUGAUCCGCUGCUGGGAUUUACUGUUCCCGUCGCUGCUCGCUCCUCCGGGCGUUAAACCCGGAGCCACCGGGAAGUGGGAACCAACGGCUUCCGGGAAUUCCUUCCACUGGUCUGACACGCCCAUACAUGUCAGGACGGAAGGAUUUGAAAACUGAACAUCAGAGAGGAAUUAAGAGGAACGGAGGGAACACACAAAGACUCAGAUGUUGGUCAAUCUGUCACAGGAUGAGUGUCCAUCUGGGAACUCUGCCCGUCGCCAGCGGCAGCAACACAUCUGUGACGAAUGACACGCUGGAGAUGUGUAUACACAGUGAUGAUCCGUUCAAGUUCAACGCCUACAUCAUCACCUACCUGCUCGUGUUUCCUUUCGCCUUUCUGUGCAACACUGGAGCGCUGUUGAUUUUCCUCGUGCAGGGUCCCCGCAGAGGCUCUUCCGCCUGUGUGGUCAUGAUGAACCUCGCCCUAUCAGACGCCAGCUUCUCCCUCACCCUCCCACUGCGAGCGUUUUAUUACUUGAUGAAUGGAGUGUGGAGGUUUCCUGAUUGGCUGUGUCAGCUAUGUGGCUACAGCUUCUACGUCAACAUAUACACUAGCAUCUUCUUCCUCACUCUACUGAGCCUGCUCCGUUGGCUCGCCGUGACCCAGCCCCUCCGACACAGCUCUCAGGUCACACCCACUCGGACCAUGUUGGUCUGUCUGGGAAUCUGGGUGUUUGUGGGUGUGUCCGUUUCUCCCUUCCUGAUCAAAGGGACCAAAGAAAGGUCGGGGUCUUCUCGUUGCUUCGAGCCAUAUGAUGAAUCCAAUUGGAGGCGUCUCCUACAAUUAAACUACGUAUCAUUGGCUGUGGGCUUCCUCUUUCCUCUCCUCACCAUCAUCAUCUGCUACAGCAGCCUCAUACGUCACCUGAUGGCCGGGUCUAGCCUCUCUAGCAUCCAGUCCGGCAACAACCACCACCAUACAAGACAACGCUCUGUGCACCUGGUUUCAAUGGUGAUUGUGACCUUCCUGUUCUGCUUUCUGCCCUAUCAUGUGAUGAGGUCAGUGCACCUGCAUGCUGUGUUGGAAAAGUGGCCCUGUGAGGUCACAGUGGUGCUGCGGCGAGCAGCGGUGGUGACGCUGUGUCUGGCGGCAUUGAGCAGCGUGGUCAACCCUCUGCUGUACUACUACUCAGCCAAGAAGUUCAGAAACGACCUGAGGGACGUUCUCCGGAGCAGCAGGAGGUCCUUCAAACGCAGAGCUUCAGCUGGGAGGAGGGAACCUGAAACCUGAGGACACCUGCAGGGUCACCAGUCAGCUCUGUAGCUCGGCCAAUCAAAACAGUCCGCCUCAUUGCGAACAGCAUCAAGGAUCAUUUCAAUUAUUUAUUUUUAGAUGACAGAUUUCACCCUCCAGCUCUCCAGACAUCAAUCCCUCAUGGGGCUUCAAGAGUUGUUGAGCAGGUUCCACACGUUGAGGAGGAGGAGGGUUCAGGUGCUGUUGAUGAUAAAGCUUCACAUCUUCAGUAGGAACCAAUGGGAUCGUAUCUGAGAGCCAGGCGGAACAAGCAAUACUGGUUUUGGCUUGUUUCAUGUGUUCGUGUGUGUACGUGUGUGUGUGCGUGUGUGUGUAUGUGUGUGUGUGUGUGUGUGUUGGUAUGUUUACCAGAGAAGCGUCUUUAUUUACAUGUUUGUGUUUUUCUGUAAGCUUGAGUCACUUGGAACGGAAAUGCAUUCAUGUGAACAUCCCACGGGAUACUGCUUCAAGUUCUCUCACUGCAUGUUUGUGUUGUUUUUACAGAGUCUCACACUACAAUGAUCUUUGUGUGUUGUGCUUGUGAACAGGUUAGUUUUGUUUCCUGGUUAAGAUCCAGUUUGUACACCCGGUGACACAGGAAACCAUUGAUCUCAGCAGCGUUAUCAAAACAUAGCCUGCAGAUCCAUUACAGUUGUAAUAAUCCCUCUGACCUGUAGAGGGUGUUACUCCAGCGUGGUGGUGAUAAUAGAUUGUUGAUUACUGGGAUUUAAACAGAAAAGAUGAAUGAGAAAAUGAUCAAAACACUUUCCAUUAUGGUCGCAAACAAUAAAUAAUGAUGGAGUUCAGAUUAAACCACUUAAAUAGUUGUUAAAACUGCAUGAUGAGCCAAUUCAUUGUCUUAAAUGAUCAAUUCUAAAUCCAGUAUCUUCCUUUGUAUCAAAGUUUAAAACGUACUUUUAUCUUAAUUAGUUCCUUGUUAUGACCAAAUUCUAGUUAUUAUUAUUGUAAUUUAAGGUCAUGCUGAAAUGUUUGUAUUUUUACUUGUAUGUCUUUUAUUUGUGAAGCUUUUUUUAAUUUGUUUUGAUAAGUUCCAUAUAAAUGAAAAAAUGAUGUAUUAUAUAUAAUGACCAGUCUGUUAUUAUGUUAUAUGUUAUGUCUGUUAACCCCCCCUCACACUCAUGUUACAUGACAUCACGAGAGAAAAUCCGGGUUAAUCCCGUGUUUAAGUUAUUUUUUUUCUAUUUGUUUUAGUUUUAUAUUUAAAACACAUUAAAUACAACAUUUACUAAAUGUUUCCAACAAGGAUGUUUUCAAUGUUCAUGAUGAAGGAACUUGGUCUGGACCUGAUUUACAGGCUCAGCAGCAAAUGACGAGGACGAGUUUACACCCGGGGCUUCUCCCACUCUUGUGAAUAACAAAGG